AUGGAGCGUUCACUUUAUAGUGUUAAUAGCGCUCCUGUCUUACAACAUUUCCCACCCUCUCUCAAUGCCGGUGUCUCGACUCCUCGCCAUGUUCCGUACCAGAGAACAAUGGGUUAUCAUGUAGCGGGUAUGUCUACGCCGCUGUACACCACGUCGCAGCAGGCACGGACUCAGUAUCCAUCAGAGUGGGCUAUUCAUAGUAUGCCGAGGGGAUCGUUAACGACACAGAGCAGUGCCACUCUCUACAGCCCAUCUUGUAACAUCUCUCCGUGCAAUGCCACUAUCGCCGACUAUCACCAACCUUCGGUAGGAAGCGUGGCUGAGGCCGUCAACAGACCGGUACCUAUUGCGAUUACAGCGAACAACAGUAUCGACAACUGCUGUAGAUCGACCCCGAAUAAACACACACCGACAGCAUCAACACAGCAAGACAACGGACAUCGAACAAAAGACGAUUCGGAUAAUGGCAGCGAGGACGGCGAUGGUUAUAAACUGGAUUUAAACAACAAACCACGCAAGGAACGAACAGCGUUUACGAAGGAACAGAUACGAGAACUGGAAAACGAGUUUUCGCACCAUAAUUAUUUAACUCGGCUUCGUCGAUACGAGAUAGCAGUCACGCUGAACCUCACCGAGCGUCAGGUAAAAGUUUGGUUCCAAAACCGUCGCAUGAAAUGGAAGCGCGUUAAGGGCGCCAGAGACAGAGAAAUGGCGGCAAGGCGACUACACGAAGUGGAAUCGAAAUAUGGCGGCGGCAGUUCUCUGAUAGCUAUGGGGCGAACAUCGCCUUUGUCUCGAGUGGACGUGUCGAAUUCAGUGCACGAUUCGGAGGAGAAUUCGAUCUAA